AUGAAGCUCCUCACGAAAGAACAAGAACGGGAACACUACCGGCAGACGCUCAAGGGCGGCGCCAUCGGCGGCACGCUCGGUCUGGCCGUGGGCACGGCGGGCGUGCUCCUCGCGCAGCGGCGGUACCACUUCUUCCGCAACCUCACGCUCCCGCUCAAGGCGUUCCUGGUCACGUCGGCGGGCACGUUCGCGGGCAUCGUCAACGCCGACUCGUACAGCCGGGCGUACGAGAUCCAGUCGAACCCGAUCGACGUCGAGUUCCACGCGCGGCAGGCCGAGCGGGAGAAGGCCGAGCGGGCCAACAAGACCUUCACCGAGCGCGCCAUGGACUUUGGCCGGCGGGAGCGCUACAAGAUCGUGGCCGGCUCGUGGAUCGCCAGCAUGGGCAUCGCCUUCGCCAUGGUCAACCGCAACAAGUACCUGACGGGCGCGCAGAAGAUCGUGCAGGCGCGAGUCUACGCCCAGUUCCUGACGCUGGGCGUGCUGGUCGCCACCGCCGCCUUCGAGAUCAGCGACAGCCGCAACUCCCAGGGCCGCUGGGAGACGGUGCGCUACAUCGACCCCUCGGACCCCGAGCACAAGCGCAUGCUCGAGAAGCAGGUCGAGCGCGACGCCCCCAGCCAGGGCGGCGUCGGAAACCCCAACGACGACCUGUGGAAGGAGAUGGUCGCCGCCGAGGAGGAGAGGAUCAAGGAGCGGGAGGCCCGGCACAAGGAGCACGCCGCCCGCGAACAUCACAAAAAGAAGAACGGCCACGAAGAAAACAAGGAGGAGAAGUAA